CGGCCGAGUACCUCUUUCUUUCCAAAGCUUCCGGCGGCGUUUGCUCGACACCUCGCCGCCACCGGCCACAUCCUUUCUCUCUCCCCUCACCGCCCCUCCACCGCCGGUGCCACAUGGCCACAGACACGCCCGCGGCGGCAUCCGGCCCCGGCACGGCGUACAAGCUCCUCCUCUCCUGCCCCGCAGGCCUCCCUCGAUCCCGGGUCUCGGUGAAGUUUGAUCCGUCGUUCGACCGGGUCCCCCACCCAGAUUCAUCCUUGGAAGAGUCCAUAGACGAGAUAUGGAACCAUAGGCUCCAGGAGAACUCAUCGCUGUACAGCGGCACAAAGUUUCGGUAUGGAGGGCAUGCCUCACACCACAAUGAUGAACCAAAUCAGGAGUACUCCGUCUCACUUCAUUUGGGUCUCACAGAUUACAGGACAUUUGUAGGAACAAAUCUCAGUCCAUUGUGGGAGAAUUUUUUGGUCCCCUCUGAAGAUGACUCUGUGUGUUGCCAACACGUGUCCAAUCCACUGGGAAAUGGCGCGAUUGUUGAAACAUCUGAUCAAAAAAUUAUUGUACUUCAAAGGAGCAACAAUGUGGGCGAAUCUCCUGGCUACUAUGUUUUUCCUGGAGGACAUUCUGAGCCAGAAGAAGUUGGAAUCUUGGCUCAUCAAAAUGAUAUAGAAGAUGUUGGUCGUCUCAUUGACAGAGUUUCUGAUGAAAUGUUUGAUGGAAUUAUUCGUGAGGUAGUUGAGGAAACUGGAGUUCCUGCUAGUUCCCUGACUGCACCCAUUUUCAUUGGAGUUUCUCGCCGGGAACUGAAUGUUAGGCCAGCAGCAUUCUUUUUCAUUAGAUGCAACCUUGAUUCCAGUACUUUUAUUGAGCUUUAUUCUAGAGCCCAAGAUGGCUAUGAAUCCACUAAGCUGUAUGCAGUCUCAGCGGAGGAAUUAAGAGAAAUGAGACAGCGAUUGCCUGGUUGCCACCAAGGGGGCUUUGCUCUCUAUGAACUUAUGAGGAACGCUGCAAAAAAAUUGUGAACAUACCUAUAGCAGUUGUGCACUUAAAUCUUAAUUUUAAUCUGAAAUACGUUGAUUCUAAUUUUGUAAGGUAUCUUUGUUGCAUCAUUCCCAUAUAAUACUGAUGGAUCCUUGCGGGUUUCGGCC